UCUCUAGUCAAAUCUAACAGACUUACAACACCUCAAGAGAGUCAGUGCGAUUGAGCAGCAAAACAACAACACAAAAGUCUGCAGUGAAAAUGUUGAGCCUGCAUGGAUUCCAGCCUUCCUUCAGACCAUUCAUGCCAAUUGACUGUCCAGUGCACAGUCUGUGGCCACAGAUCUCACCUCUUUACAGACACACAGACAUACUGCAGGAGGUGAGGAGCAGCCUGGAGCAGCUGGAGAAACUUCAGCACAAGAUCUUUGAGGAGAUCCAGCAGACUCCACACUCGGAGGAGAUCUACCCAGUCACCAGCACGAUGGAGAAAGAGGGAGAAAGUGGCUUUGCGUUGACACUGGACACUAAAGACUUUUCCCCAGAAGAACUGUCAGUCAAACAGGUGGGCAGGAAGCUGCAGGUCAGUGGAAAAACAGAAAAGAAGCAGGAGGAUGGGAAAGGCUCCUUCUCUCACACAGUGCAAGAGUUCAGACGGGUGUUUGAUCUGCCUGAAGGAGUGAACCCUGAGACUGUCACCUGCUCCAUGACUGAUGGAAAGCUCUACAUACGGGCACCAGUGAAUCAGAUAUCUGAAGCACCUGAGAGGAUGAUCCCCAUUGACUGUGCUGAAGCUGUGAAGACAGAAAACAACAGCACUGAAAUACACAAGACUGAUCAGCAAUCCUGAAAGCACUGAACAGAAGCCGUGAUGAUCUCUAAAGGACUGUGUGCUGCUAUUAUAUUCAAUAUAUGUGAUUAUCUUUAGUUUUAUAUCAAUCUUCUUUCAAUUGUUUGAUUCUCCUUUAGCAAUAUGCACAUAAUUUUUUGCACGAUGCAAUAUGUUUUUGAAUAAAUGAGAUUUUAAAAAUGCAAAA